AUGGCUCCCCUGCUCCACACAUCUCUUGGCCUUCUUCUCUUGUUCCUAUGCAUUACUCCAACAAGCUCAUCUCCAGAUGAUGCUCUCCGGGUAGGCGAAGUUCUCGCCGUCGGCGACAAGCUGGUGUCAAGAAACGGCAGGUUCAUACUCGGCUUCUUCCAGCCAAGCAUUGUCAGGAAGUCCGGCAUCAACAUCACCUCCCCCAAUUGGUAUCUUGGUAUAUGGUUCAGUGACAUCUUGGAAUUUACUGUUGUUUGGGCUGCAAAUAGAGAUAAUCCGAUCACUGAACUCCAGCUGAAUCAAACUCACCUGAAACUAUCAGGAGAUGGCAACCUUGUCAUCUCAAGCAAUGCCUCCAUAAUCUGGUCCACUAACAAUGGCAAUAGGAAAGCAGCCACCAUGAACACUACCAGUGCUAUUCUCUCCAAUGAUGGAAACCUUGUGAUAGAGAGCUCAUCGAAUGUGCUGUGGCAGAGCUUUGACAACCCAUCAGAUGUGCUGCUUCCUGGAGCCAAGUUUGGCUGGAACAAGGUCACCGGUUUUACUCGCCGGAUCAUCUCAAACAAGAAUCUUGUCGAUCCUAGUCUUGGCCUGUACCAUGUUGAGCUUGGCAACAGAGGGGUUAUCCUGACUCGCCGUGAGCCCCCAGUAGUCUACUGGUCAUGGUCAUCAGAGAAAUCGACAAAUGAGUUCAUGCUCAUAUCACUACUGAAGCAGCUGAUAGACAUAAACCCACACACCAGAGGCCGGAUUGGCAUCCAACAUGUCGACAACAACGAAGAGGAGUACUACACGUACACCGUGUUGGAUGAAUCAUACUCCAUAUACGUCUUGCUGGACGUUUCAGGCCAGGUCGAGAUCAAUGUUUGGUCACAUCUCACGCAGUCUCUGCAGAAGGUGUAUGCCCAGCCUGCUGAUCCCUGCACAGCAUACGCCACCUGUGGACCUUUCACGAUCUGCAAUGGCAUUUCGCGGCCAUUCUGCGACUGCAUGGCGAGCUUCUCUCGAAGGUCACCGCAGGAUUGGGAGCUAGAUGAUCGAACGGCGGGGUGCGUCAGAAACACUCCGUUGGAUUGCGGCAACAUGACGAGCUCGACGGAUGUGUUCCAUGCCAUAGCUCGUGUGACGUUGCCCUACAACCCCCAGAUCGUGGACAGUGCUGCCACCCAGGGCAAAUGUGCAGAGGCUUGUCUUGGCCACUGCUCCUGCAAUGCCUAUUCCUAUGGAAAUAGCAGGUGCUCCAUUUGGCAUGGAGAUUUGCUCAGCGUAAAUAUGAAUGAUGGCAUUGAUAAUAACUCUGAAGAUGUUCUUUACCUUCGCCUUGCGGCGAAAGAUUUGCCGGGUUUAACAAAAAGUAAAAAAAGGCCUAUUUUUGGAGUUGUUAUGGCUGCAAGCAUCACUAGUUUUGGAUUGCUAAUGCUGCUGCUCUGGCUGAUUUGGAGGAACAAAUCCAGGUGCUGUGGUAUACCAUCAUAUGACAGACAAUGCAGUGGUGGAAUUGUAGCCUUCAGAUACAGUGAAUUACGCCAUGCUACUGAUAAUUUUUCUAAAAAGCUAGGAGGUGGUGGUUUUGGUUCUGUUUUUAAGGGAUUAUUAAGUGACUCAGCUACUGUGGCAGUGAAAAAACUUGACGGUGCCCGUCAGGGGGAGAAGCAAUUUAGGGCUGAGGUGAGCUCAAUCGGAUUGAUACAGCAUAUCAAUCUAGUUAAAUUGAUUGGUUUCUGUUGUGAAGGUGAUGAAAGGUUACUUGUGUAUGAACACAUGUUAAAUGGUUCCCUUGAUUCCCUUCUAUUUCAGAGCAAUGGUCCUGUCCUGAAUUGGACCACCAGGUAUGACAUUAUCAUAGGAGUUGCUAGAGGACUGUCCUACUUGCAUCAAAGCUGCCACGAAUGCAUCAUACAUUGUGACAUUAAGCCAGAAAACAUACUUCUUGAUGCUUCAUUUGUUCCUAAAAUUACAGACUUUGGAAUGGCAGCAUUUAUAGGAAGGGAUUUCAGCCGAGUUCUCACUACAUUUAGGGGAACCAUAGGUUAUCUUGCUCCAGAGUGGAUUAGCGGCGUUGCGAUUACACCAAAAGUUGAUGUAUAUAGUUUUGGCAUGGUGUUGUUGGAAAUCUUAUCCGGAAAGAGGAAUGCACAUGGAGGAUAUAUUACCAAUAAGAAUCAUGUUGCCUAUUUCCCAGUACUAGCUAUUAGUAAGCUUCAUAAGGGAGAUGUGAAAAGCUUGGUGGACCCACAAUUACAUGGUGACUUUGAUCUAGAAGAGGCUAGAAGGGUUUGCAAGGUUGCAUCUUGGUGCAUCCAAGAUAAUGAGUUUGAACGACCGACAAUGAGUGAAGUGGUUAGGGUUCUUGAAGGGCUACAAGAGCUAGACAUGCCACCAAUGCCAAGACUACUUGCAGCUAUAACGGAAUGCUCCGAUGUGUCCCAAUGUGGUAGUUCAUCAAUCCUUUGUAGUUGA